AUGGAAAAUAGUAAAAGAAAAAUGAUUUCCAAUGCACCGACGAAAGAAUGCCAGUAUGGAGGUGAAUGUUAUCGUGUAAAUCCGGUCCACUUCCGUGAAUACUCUCAUCCACACAUUGAAAAAUUGCUUGCCAAGGCCGCAUCCUUUUCAUUGGUUGAAAUACCCGACGAUGUAAAAGUACACAAAAGCGUGUUUGCAGAGCAGUUGAAAAUUGUAUCCAGCUUAUUUCCACAUCUUUCGUGCGAUCCGAUAAAUCCAGAAAAGAAAUCCAAAGUGGAACCGACCACUUCUACACAACCGCUUCCCACGACUUCAUCCGGCUCCACUAGCAGUGUUUCGAAGACCGAUCCAAAACCGUCCAACCUCGGGCAGGAUAACAAGAACACAAUUGAAUCACUGUUUGCAGAACGUAGGGCAAAAAUGCAAGCUGCGCCAAAGGAUAAACCGCUAGAAACAGUUGUUCCACUCAAAAAAGAUGGACCAUCUUCCAACACUACUACCAAUACAGGAAUAUCAUUGAAACAGGCAAUACCACGCGACAUAAACUCUUACUUUCCGGUGGUAGCACAAAGGGGUCGGAUGGCCGCCAAACUGGUUGCAGCUGCCCCGUAUAACUUUUUCCUAACCACCAUCACUGCGUCCAAGCCCACACACACGGAACCACUUUCCAUCACGUUCCAGGAGCUACUUGAUUCGAGUCUGGGCGAGUUAGAAUGUUCGCUGCAGAUGAAUUUCAUGGUAGAUAUAGGUUGGUUGUUGGCACAUUAUUUUUUCGCUGGUUACGAAAAUGUCCCUCUACUUGUACUGUAUGGCGAUGAAACACCCGAGUUGAGGAUGGUUUCGCAGAAGAAGCCUAAUGUUACAGCAUUGAAGGUAGAGAUUAAAACACCGUUCGGUGUCCAUCACACGAAAAUGGGCCUCUACGGAUAUCGUGACGGUUCGAUGCGUGUCGUCAUUUCGACCGCCAAUCUGUACGAAGACGAUUGGCACAAUCGCACACAGGGGCUUUGGAUUAGUCCAAGAUUACCAGCCGUACCGGAGGGGUCUGACACAACGUACGGUGAAAGCAGAACGGAGUUCCGCGCUAGUUUGUUGAAUUAUCUAGAUGCGUACAAACUGCACCAGCUACAACCGUGGAUGGAACGAAUAAGAAAAACUGACUUUUCGGACGUAAAAGUAUUUCUCAUCGCUUCUGUUCCCGGCGGUCACACGAAUACCCCGAAGGGUCCCUUAUGGGGACAUCCACGCUUAGGCUAUGUGCUAUCUCAGCAUGCCGCACCAAUUGAUGAUGCUUGUCCAUUGGUUGCUCAAAGUUCAAGCAUUGGCAGCCUCGGUCCUUCUCCCGAAUCUUGGGUAUUGGGAGAAAUAAUGGCAAGCUUCCGGAAAGACAGUGCAGCGGUAGGCAUAAGACGGUUGCCUGGCUUUCGGAUGAUUUAUCCCAGCUACUCGAACGUGCGUCAAAGCCAUGACGGUUUGCUCGGGGGAGGUUGCCUACCGUACGUAAGGAAUACGCAUGUGAAGCAAGAAUGGCUGAAAGAUUAUUUGCACCAGUGGUGUAGUCGAGCAAGGCAUCGGAACAAAGCGAUGCCGCACAUAAAGACUUACUGCCGCUGGUCUCAUCGAGGAUUGUAUUGGUUUUUGCUCACUUCAGCGAAUCUGUCUAAAGCGGCCUGGGGUGUUUACAAUAAGACGGGCCGGUUCGAAAAACCGCUUCGGAUUAAUAGCUACGAAGCGGGUGUACUGUUCCUGCCAAAGAUGUUGUUGGACGAAAAUUUUUUUCCGAUGGAAUCAAACAAAAAACAUCCACUGUUUCCGAUGCCUUAUGAUAUCCCAAUCAUCCCAUAUGCUCCAGAAGACACCCCGUUUUUCAUGGACUAUUUGCAUCAAUAG